CGGAAUGGUGCUGGUGCUGGCAUUGUGGGCCUGCCUGGCACUGGGCACAGCCAGUGAGGACACCCCGGCACCCGAGCCCCUGGCAGGCGGCCAGCCCUUUGCCGUGGUGUGGAACGUCCCCACUAGUCGCUGCCAGCACCGCUUUGGCAUCAGUCUGCCCCUCAGCGACUACGGCAUCGUGGAGAACCAGGGUGGCCACUUUGCCGGCCAGAACAUCACCAUCUUCUACAAGAACAAAUUUGGGCUGUACCCUUACCUGUCACAGCAGGGUGUCCCCCACAAUGGGGGCAUCCCCCAGCGUGUCUCCCUCCAUGCCCACAUCAACAGGGUGGUUGCGGACAUUGGCCUCCUCCUGCGACCUGCUUUCCAUGGCUUGGCUGUGGUGGACUGGGAGGAGUGGAGGCCCCUGUGGGCCCAGAACUGGGGAGCCAAAAAGAUGUACCGGGCAGCCUCAGAGCAGUGGGUGCAAGACCAGUACGGCACCCUGCCAGCGCGGCAGCAGCUCCAACUGGCCCAGCUGGAGUUUGAGCAGGCGGCACGGGCUCUGAUGGAGGAGACCCUUCUGGUGGGCCGAGCCCUGCGCCCUGGGGGGCUCUGGGGUUUCUACCGCUUUCCCGACUGCCUCAACAGCAACUGGGCCAAGGAGGCAAACUACACCGGGCAGUGCCAGCCAGUGGAGGUGCAGCGUAACAACCACCUGGGCUGGCUCUGGGCCGCCUCUUCUGCCCUCUACCCCAGCAUCUACCUGCCGCUGGCGCUGCCGCCCGCGCUGCGCCGCCGCUUUGUGCACCACCGGCUGCGCGAGGCCCUGCGCGUGGCCGCCUUCGGGGCCAACGGCCUCCUGCCUGUGAUCGCCUACUCCCGCUUCUCCUUCCGCCGCUCGUCCCAGUUCCUGCAGCUGGCUGACCUGGUGCACACCAUCGGGGAGAGCGCGGCGCUGGGAGCAGCUGGACUUGUGCUCUGGGGAGACCUGUCGUACUCCCACUCAGCUGAAAGCUGUGCCAGCCUGCGCCACUACCUCAUGUCCACCCUGGGUCCCUAUGUGGCCAAUGUGACAGCAGCAGCCCGAGAAUGCAGCUAUGAGCAGUGCCAUGGACACGGGCGCUGUGUGCGCCGGCAGCCCCACGACCUGGGCAGCCUCCUGCACCUCGGCCCCGGUGCCAGCCCGCGAGCUGCUUUCCACUGCCACUGCUACCGUGGCUGGGCAGGUGAAGGCUGCGCCCAGCGGGUACGGUUCGGCCCUGCCGCCUCCUGCCGGGUGCCUACCCGUGCUCACAGCCUCUGUGGGCACAAGGAUCUCACGUCCUCUGACACCUGCCUGCCACAGGGCACAUGGGGCUGGUGACAAAGGCCGGGGACCGCCAUGGUCCCCUACCCCACCAGUUCUGCUGCUGGCACUUCCUGUGGUCUCACUAACAUAAAUAAAAUCUCCUGGCACA